AUUAUCGAGCGAGCAGCUUCGCUUUCCGGCCGCCAGCCAGCGCCACCGCCGCCAGCGGGCGCUAGAGAGAGACGGACAGACACGACUCCGGCUGCAGGCGAUGCAUCUUUGGCUGGGGGUUUACUAGCGCGGCCUUGGAAAUUUCGGCGGUGUUGUUCUUUCCUAAUUGGUUCGCUGGGUCGGCGGUGGUCGGUCGGUGCGCGGGGUUGAUGAGUCCUGAACGUCCGUGAUGAGCCUCGUCAACAGAUGCCUGGUGCCUGCGAGCACGAGAACUGACGUGGUUACUAGUGCGUGGGGUUAGCAGUUAAAAUAGGAAAUUCCCGACACUUUUUUACAGGAUAUUUCGGUCUCGGCGGCGGCUCUGUCAGCCGUUGUGGCGGCUGGGAGGCAGGCGUCUGCAACGAGGAAGCCUGCUCGAGCCGAAUGAAAGCUGCGGUGGUGCGUCCGUGUGUUUGAUGUCCAGCAUUUUAGUCAUUUAGUGCUGUAGUGCCGGGGGAAUGUGAAAAUAUCGGGUAUCGAUUAGCAUGGCGUAACCCUAAUAUUCCGUGGAUGUAGUUGUUAUAAUAUAAUUGUAGCGUUGUGAAGACUGGGCUGUGAUGUGUGUUCGUGAUAAUCCAUCGGAGAUGAAUUAUAAGUAACUGCAUCCAUUUUAGGAUGUAGGGCGCUGCGCGGGAAGCAUGAGGCCCGCCCCCACGGCGCCAUCGGAGGGAACUAUGGCUCUGUUGUCGCCAUGUUCUGUAGUACAACUACUCGCCACCGUGGUCGCGGUGCUGCCGCUGCACCUCGUGCCUGCCGCCAGACAGGAGGAAGCGUGCUACUUCCCCGGCAAGUGGGAGGGCACCUGGUUCCAGUCCGGGGUGCGGUCGCCGAUCAUCAUCAGCCAGAACCGCCUCAGCACCAAGGGCCGCUGCACCGCGUCCGAAGGAGACAAGUUCGUGGUUUUCGAUGAGAAGUCGUGCUACCGCUGUGUGGUCAUACAUGAAAAACAUGCCAACGUCUUACAGUACAAAGAGUCGUACUGCCGGUCGCGCGAGAGCCUGGUGAACCUGUGCUCGCUCAUCACCGGCGACGCGCUGCUCUACUCCAUGUUCCGCAUCGAGGCGACGGCCGUGCCCUGCCCGUUCAAGGGCCCGUUCACCUUCACGUACAACCGCGGCCACGGCGACUGCCGCAGCCCGGUGUCCAGCAUCGACUCGUGCACCGAGGACUCGCGGCUGCUGCUGCGGUACCAGGCCUGCCCGGACAUCCCCGGCACCGAGAGCACGGUGGAGGAGCUGCAGUGCCUGGCGACGUGGAAGGAGGGCUCCUCGCGCUACCUGGUCGGCAAGGUGCGCCACAGCCACGCCACGUCCAACGAGGACCGCUACCGCUGCUUCGUGUACGAGCGGUCGGCCCUCGCGGCGGCGGGCGGCGGCGGUUCCGGGGCGGGCGGCGACGACGGGGUGGACUUCCGGGUGGCCCAGAGCGGCGACGCCACCUGCAACGGGCUCUUCAGCCCCAUGGAGGGCUCGCGCACCAUGACGCUGAGGAAGGCGAUGUCGCACAGCAAGUGCUGGUUCCCGGCGUGGCUGACCUCGUCGCUGCGCUGGCACACGCUGGACUACGCGCGCUCGUACACCUUCCACCACCGCAACACCACGCUGCGCAUCAGCAACUCCUCCCUGGCCGGCGGCCACAAGCCGGCUCCCAGCUACGCGAACACGCUGCUGUCGGGUGCUGGCAUCUCCGUGUCGAUGGGCCUGAGCAGCGACGCGGCGAGCCAGGAGAUGCGCGUCGUGUGCACCGAGCUGAAGCAGCAGACGGGGGACGUGGCUCACCUCGUCACUCACUUCACCAUGGGCUGUCAGAGUGGCUUCAUGUGCAUGACAUUCUACCGGCGUGAUGGGCACGUUAUAGAGGUCCAGACUGGUAGUCACACGUGGAGACAGGAGGACGCCUGCCUACCAGCCAACUUCAACAAGAGCACCCUUCCGUUUGUGACGCUCGUCACGUCCAGCCCCGAGCCGCGGCAGUGCCCCUACCUGGGGAAGUUCAGCGUGACGGGGCUGAGCCGCGCGGGGCGGGCGGCACGCUCGCUGAGGCACGGGCGGGGCCGGCCGAGACGUGACCUCGACGGCCUGGCGACGGACGCCUGCCCCGAGGAGAGCCAAGACUUCACCACGCUGGUGGUCGGCUGCAGCACCGUGGACACCAUGGAGUUCCGCUCCAAGUGCUUGCCCGCCGACGUCGUCUCAGCGUACUCGUGCCACGGGCGCUGGGAGGACAACGGCACGCACUACCUGAUCACGACGCCCCUGAGCCGCUCGUCGCACGGGGCGCGGCGCCUGUGCUUCAUGUACCGUGAGCUGGAGGGGCUGGUGCUGUUCUCCAGCAGCGCAGACAGCUGCCAGCGUGGCGUCAGCCCCGGCGUGGGCGGGGCGCUCGCCUUCAACGUCACCAGCAGCGGCCAGUGCGUGGAGGCGAACAGCUGCGUGCGCCCCGGGGCCCGUGCGCUGUGGGCGGUGGCCGCGGUGGCGACACUGGCGGCCUGGCGGCACGUCGAGAGAUGAUCGCCGUCUUCGCGCUAGCUCCUCAGGGACCGGGUUGCACAAAUGUGAUAUUUCUUAGAACACACAACUGUUAGCACAAUAUCGCGUACGGGCGAUCGCCACGUCACGGGACGGACGCACGAUCGUUGACUGAGCCUGUUGUUGAUCGUGCUGGACCGAUCCCCCCAACCCCCCACAAGGUUUUCACCCCGUGAACCCACAUUCCUCACGUCCCACUGGACGGCGCGCGCGGGAGGGGAGGAGAGAUCGCACCACGUCAUAUCAGUUCCCCCCUCCUCGCCCGACGCCGCGUGCCCUUGUGACCUCCGUAGUUCUACUUGCCGAACAAGUUACAAGAAUACAACAUGUGAUAUCAAGUUUAUUUAUCGUUUUAACGAAAGUUACUUCGUACGGUGUUACAAGUCUGAAACUAACAAGUUUGUGAACCAUUUUAAAGUGUUAUUUGGAUUGGGAAUAAUAAAAAAAAAGCCAGUGCAGUUAUUUUUUGACGUUCAAACAUUAAAUUUUUGCUUAGAUAAUUCACAGCUUGUUUUUAUAUUUUUAAGAAUUUUUAUCAAGAGGAAUGUCUUUCAAGCAUUCUGACCAGCAUCUUAAUAAGAGAUGUGACUAUGUUGAAUAGUGAUAGAGUGUAUUUUGUUAUCGUGCUAAGUUUUUGAUGACUUGCUUAGUAACUUGCACAGAGCCUAGAUUUAUAAACUGAACGAACUUUCAAAUCAUGCAUGCACCGAGUCACAUUGUAAACAUGUUGUAAUCAUUUUGAAAUGUAAUGCACAUAAUUAGCACCAGUAUUGAACAUCUUUUAUUACCUAUAAGAAUACAUUGAGAAGCCAGUAUGAAAUUUAUAAAUUAUUUUUAAUUUUUUUUUAAUGAUUACUGACAUAUAUUUAAAUACAGCUUUCAUCUUUUACAAUUUCAUGUUCUUAUCACAAGAUCACAUAAUCUAUUUUGCAAUUGAGUCACAAUCCUAGAAAAAAAUUUGUAUAAAAAGAUGAUAAUGCAAGGCAGAAAUACAAUAUAAAAUUGGGGGAUUUUAAAUGAUUAAAAUAAAAACUGUUUAAUACAUCAAAUCACCCAUUUCGAAAAGAAAGAAAUUCAGGAAACAGAAAAUGAUCUGAUCAUACAGUAUUACGUUACAUGUUUGAGAUAUGCAAAGUAUUAGCUGUUACGUUUCAUGUACAAGAUACAUGUCAAACAUUAGUUAGUAGAAUACUUGAAACAAUUUUUACAACUGUUUGAAGUCAUACAUUAAAUAUUUUUUGCAGCUAUUUUGUCUUCUCGGACAUUGUUCGAAUUACUUGGGUUUUCUAUGAACAGAAUGAAAGUAAACGGUGAAAGGCUAUAAAAAAUAAUAGGUACUAAUUGAACUGCAAUAUUUGAGUUGAGGACAGUUAGUUGAUCACUGCAGGCACUGCGGUAAUGAACUGCAUUUUGAAUCACAAUGUUACGUAAGCCUGUAAGCCUUUAAAGUGAUUUAAGUAUGUGAACUAAGCAUGUUUUUUUUUUU